GGAACGCUCACUGGUUGUCGUCCAGGCCACUUACAGUGAUCUUGCUGUGGUUUGACAUAAGAGGGUCCCGGAGCCCACACGGUGCUCCAAAAGGCUUAGGGUGGCCCUAUUUUCGCCCCUAUAGGGGGCCCACCCUACUUGCUUCGGCUCCUGUGCUCGUCCCUUCCUCCGCCCCCGCCUGGGGCGGAACUUAAGACGAUUUGGAUUUUGGCCAAAGCAGUCUCCCCUUUCAGAGGGUCCUGGCUUAGGAGUGAAAGGAUAGGAGGCCGCCAAGCUCUUGGCAGUUGAGCAGGGGCAGAGGGGAGACGCAAGAAAGGGUCCACUUGUUGGAACAAAUACUUAGUAAUGAAAGGAGGGCAGAUGGCUAACGCUUUUCAAGAACUUCCAGCACAGCUAUUCCGGGCAGCUUGGCGCUGACUCUGCUGGCUAGUACAUUGUUGCUGUCACCCAGGGUCCAAAGCCGGCAUGGAAAACAGGGAGGGACAAGGCGUCUGGCUGGGAGCCCCUCCUUCCUCAGCCGGGCUCUCACCCCCUGCUCUCCGUGUCUCACCCACCCAGUCUGCUCCCCGCCCCCCGGGGGGAUCUUAGUUGGGCCUGGCAUGAUUUGAGUUGCCAUGCCAUGCUCGCUCAUUUGGCGCACACCCAAUACAGCCACCGGCUGCCAGGUCGACCCUUCAGGGCUCGGACCAUCACUCCUAACCUACCCCACAAGCCAGAACCCAACCAGACCACCACAGUGAGUGCCUGAUUUUGUUUUCGUAACCCCCUCCCCUCUGAGCCUGAGCAGAAAUUCAGGGUCCUGGCACUCUCCCCAGACCUCCCGCUCAGGUCCAACGAGAGCACCUUCUGCACCAAGUAGAUCCCUUCUCAGAUGUCCUAAGGACCCCCACAAACCUUUUACGCCCUGUCUUCCUGUCUUUCCUGAGCUCCCUUCCCUACUGCAGUCUCCCCCAUCUGCCCGCUCAGCCACCGCAUUCUCACUGCCACGUCCCCUGCCUCUGCACUCCCCUCUCUCUGUGUGCUGGUUCCACUCAGGCACUGCGGGGACCAAAACCGAGAUUUCCCUCGCGGACUCAUUGUGAGGGGGAAAAGCCAAAAGGUCAUUCAGCCCCAACAAGGUGGGCAUGGGGAGCAAUUGAUGCCCCUUCCCCAAAUCUGAGCCCUGGCGCCUUACUUGUUCCUAGCCGUUUCUCCCGUCCUGAUAGACACCCCCCAUCCUUCGGCGGGCGUUCUGGCCACUGUCACCGACCCUAAGACCUGGUUCCUGGAACCCCCUAAGGGAUGAGGAUCGUUCCGAACGGGACAGCUGGUUCACUUCACAGGCCAGCGCCGGGUCCUCGCCCCACGAUGGGGCUGUAACUCGAGCCGCUCGUCGCCAACCCCCCCCUCCCACUCCGCCCCAACUCUGCGGCCCAAGUCCCUGCGUCGCGCUACCCCUUGUGGCCCUGAACCCGACAGCAAGUCUGCCAUGGUCUGCCCAGCCUGCGUCCAUCUGGAGGUAUCGGGUGCUGUACAACAGGGCCGCUGGUUCGGGGCUGUCCUGAGCGGGUUGUGCUUUCUUUCUGCGCUGGUGUUGCUGGAGUGGCCAUGGGCGCCGGCAGAGACCGCCUGGAGUGCAGCGAGAAAUGUGGACGCACCAGACCCUUCAGGGGUCUCCACUGUCCAGGUCCCCAGCUCGUUGACCAUACCGGUACCCCGAAGACGCCGGUACACGCUGACACCGGCCAGGCUGCGCUGGAACCACUUCAAUCUCACCUACAGGAUUCUCUCCUUUCCCCGGAACCUUAUAAACCCGGAGGAGACCAGGAAGGGCCUGGCUGCUGCCUUUCGCAUGUGGAGUGAUGUUUCUCCGUUCCGCUUCCGUGAAGUGGCCCCCGAGCAUCCCAGCGACCUCCAGAUAGGUUUCUACCCAGUCAAUCACACCGACUGCAUGGUCUCUGCCCUGCACCACUGCUUUGAUGGCCCCACAGGUGAACUGGCCCACGCUUUCUUCCCACCCCACGGGGGCAUUCACUUUGAUGACAGCGAGUACUGGGUCUUGGGCCCCACGCGCUACAGCUGGAAGAAAGGUGUAUGGCUCACAGACCUGGUGCACGUGGCGGCGCACGAGAUUGGCCAUGCGCUGGGACUGAUGCACUCACAGCAAGAGCAGGCACUCAUGCACAUCAACGCCACAUUGAGGGGCUGGAAGGCACUGUCCCAGGAUGAGCUGUGGGGAUUACACCGACUCUAUGGCUGCCUGGACCGGCUUUUUGGGUGUACAUCCUGGGCACGAAAGGGAUUCUGCGAUACCCACCAGAGGCUCAUGAAGAGGCUCUGCCCCAGAAGCUGUGACUUCUGCUAUGAAUUCCCAUUCCCCACUGUGGCCACCACCACACCACCCACCAGAAUGAAAACGAGAUUGGUCAAAGAGGGCAGGAACAUGACCUUCCACUGUGGGCAGAAGAUCCUACGCAAGAAGGGCAAAGUAUACUGGUACAAGGACCAGGAGCCCCUGGAGUUCUCCUACCCUGGCUACUUGGCCCUGGGCGAGGCACAGCUGAGCAUCAUUGCCAACGCAGUCAACGAAGGCACCUACACAUGUGUGGUGCGCCGGCACCAGCGUGUGCUCACUACCUACUCCUGGCGCGUGCGACUGAGGAGCUGAGCCUGCUAAUAGCAGAUAAAGCACUUUCUCUCUGAUGUCUCUGUGCUGUUUCAUGGGAAGAGGGAAGGCCAGCCUCUGCCAUCUGGAUGUGGGAGUGCUGGGGUCAGUACCCACCUGGCCCCUGGAGCAGUGGGGUAAAAUGAAACCCAGGGGUCAACAGCACCCCUAGGGUGUGCAAGAGGGGUGUGGGCCCUUGGUGAGGCUUCAGUGUGGAGAGGCUGAGGAUCAGCGUGGACAGAGGUAGGGGCCCCAGGCAGUCACAAGCACUUAGGGCCCACCUGGGAGCCAGCAUGAUGGGGAAAAGACGACAUACAAAAGCUUCCUCCAAGAAUAGUUUACUACUUAAAACAUCUAACAACCUCAUGUAUAAAAACCCACUGUGGCUAAAGUUGUCCCACACCUGGUUCUGAGAGUCAAAGUUUGUGGUGGAUGGGUCUGGCUUAGUUACUCCAGCGAGAUGCAGGCUGCCUCACGCAUCGCACACAAGCCACCAGUCUCCCAGACCGACAAGCAGACAACUCCAGCUCGGCUCCAGACAGGGCCUUACUACGUGGAGGGGUGGGCCAUCUAUUCAGGCGCCUACAGAUGCUCACCCUUCUUCACGAGGCAAGUUAGACAACUCUGAAAACUCUUUCCUU